CCGUAGUCUUCCCCUGGCUGGUGUCAAUGUGGGUCGUCGACAACCUGCAGUACUCGCAGCAGCAGUCGUCGAGCAACGAGAACGUGGCCAAUGGUAGUGACGGGAAAUUCGAAGAGGUGUACCGCUGGAAAGAGGUGGAUUUCGUCUACCCGUCACCCAAGGCGCGUCUCAAUGCGUUGGCUACCAAGGCGUUUAUACCUAAGAACAAUCUGCCGCUCGGGCUGGAAGUUACCAGGGAUAAGGUGUUCGUCACUUUGCCAAGGUGGAAACAAGGAGUGCCAUGUAGUUUAGCCGUUUUGGACCGCCAUGAUCCCAACCCUUCCCCUCGUCUACGGCCCUUCCCAUCCUGGAAGUGGCAUCAGCUGACGUCAUCAAGGGGUAGCAGCAAGUGUGACGUCAUCACUUCGGUGUUUCGGAUGUCACUUGACCAGUGCGGCCGAGUUUGGGUGCUUGACUCGGGGUCUGUGGACAUUUUCGAAUCAGUCAACCAGCUGUGUCCUCCACAGAUCUUGGUAUUUGAUGUCAACAGCGAGAAAUUAAUAUGGCGAUAUCAGAUUCCCAAGGAGCAGUCAUUGGAAGAUGGACUUUUCACUAAUAUUGUGGUCGAUGUUGGAAAUCACUGCGAUGAUGUAUUUGCUUACAUUUCAGAUGUAUUCAGGUACGGCCUAGUAGUCUACGACUGGCAGAAUAACAAAUCCUGGCGAAUUUCCCACCCGCAUUUCUACCCCGAUCCAAUCGUUUCUCGCUACAACCUUGACGGCAUCAUUUUCCGAUGGACCGACGGAAUUUUCGGGCUAGCCCUGUCACCCCCCGACCCCAAAACUCAGGAAAAACUGCUCUACUUCCACCCCCUCUCAAGUUUCCGCGAGUUUUCCGUGUCCACCGAGAUCCUACGAAACGAAACUAAGUCAACUGAGGAACUAGAUUGCUUCAACGCUAUUGGACAACCACGUGGGAGGAAGGAUAGUCACGCUAGCGCCAGCGCGAUGGAUAGCGACGGAAUUUUGUACUACAAUUUAGUCUCAAAAUCAGCUGUUGGAUGUUGGAAUAGCAAAAACGGCCCCCAUUUGGAAUCUACUCAAGGGGUGAUCGAGACUAACAACACAACCCUUAGUUUCCCCAACGACCUAAAAAUCGAAACAAACGGAAACGAAAAGUAUAUCUGGGUAUUGAGUAAUCGAUUACAUAAGUAUUUGUACUCCAGUUUGAGCCCGGAUGAGUAUAAUUUCAGGAUUUUGAGGGUGAACGCUAGGGAGGCCGUGAAAGGUACUGUUUGUCAGCCCGGGGCUAGGGUUGGUCCUACCCAGCCCAUCUGUUAUGAGUUUUGAGUGUCAAAAUUUGUGUCAAAAACUGAAAAUUUGUCAUAGAAUUUGAGUGAUUUCAAAAUUUGUGUCAAAAACUGAAAAUUUGUCAUAGAAUUCGAGUGAUUUCAAAUUGUUAACAAAUGAUUUUUGUAAAUCUAUUGGAGAAAUUUGUAUAAAAAUAUUAUUGAAUUGUCGUUAGGCUAGGGUUUGUCCCACUCAGUCCAUCUGUUAUGAGUUUUGAGUGCAAAAAUUUGUGUCAAAAAACUGAGAAUUUAUUAUAGAAUUUGUAUCAGAGUAUUAACGAAUGAUUUUUUUACAUGUAUUGUCGAAAUUUGUAUCAAAAUAUUAAUUAAUUGUCGUGGGGCUAGGGUUGGUACUACCCAGCCCAUCUGUUAUGAGUUUUGAGUGGAAAAAAUUGUGUCAAAAAACUGAGAAUUUAUUAUAGAAUUGGUAUCAAAGUAUUAACGAAUGAUUUUUGUAAAUGUAUUGUCGAAAUUUGUAUCAAAAUAUUAAUGAAUUGUCGUUGGGCUAGGGUUUGUCCCACUCAGCCCAUCUGUUAUGAGUUUUGAGUGCAAAAAUUUGUGUCAAAAAACUGAAAAUUUGUUAUAGAAUUUGUGUCAAAGUAUUAAGGAAUGGUUAAUUUGUUGCCGAAAUUUGUACCAAAAUAUAAAUGAAUUGUCGUUAGGCUAGGGUUUGUCCCACUCAGUCCAUCUGUUAUGAGUUUUGAGUGCAAAAAUUUGUGUCAAAAAACUGAAAAAUUAUCAUAGAAUUUGUGUAAAAGUAUUAAGGAAUGGUUAAUUUAUUGCCGAAAUUUGUAUAAAAAUAUUAAUGAAUUGUCGUUGGGCUAGUGUUUGUCCCACUCAGUCCAUCUGUUAUGAGUUUUGAGUGCAAAAAUUUGUGUCAAAAAACUGAAAAAUUAUCAUAGAAUUUGAGUGAUUUUGAGUCAAAGUAAUAACAAAUGUAUUGUCGAAAUUUGUAUCAAAAUAUUAAUUAAUUAUCGGUGUAAUUUUGUCUCAAACUAUCAACAAAUGAUCAUGAAAUUCUUAUGAAACUAUGAGAAUGGAACGAACAAUCUAUAAAGAUUGAAAUUGUUAAUUUAUAGAAUAGAUUGUUUAUUUCAUACUAUUAAAAAUCUGUGAGAUGAUGGAGUAGCUGUUUGAAUUUAUCGUUCAUUUUUGAUCCUUGAUUGACGAAAAUUUGAGUGUGGAUUUUUCAUCGAAAUAUUAUCAUUGA